AUGUUACCCGGUUCAAACAGUUUGCACCGUAUAUCUCAGCGUAUUCUGCAUAAUGCAAUACGAACAAUGUAUGAUAAUCCGUAUAUAAAAACAUUUAAGCCCAAAAAGCCUCCAUCACCAAGUUUUCAUAAACAGACAACGGGAUUAACUGGCUUGUUUGUUGAUGAGUAUGCACAUCAAAACUUGCUAAAAGAAUAUGGACGAUUAAUGAAAGUACUAGAACAAAUGCCUUCACAUUCCUCAUACCGGAAAUAUACUGAACAGCUUGUGAAGAAGAGGAUAGCACUGGUGCAAGAGGAACCAGAUAUUGUCAAGCUGGAAGAAAAAAUUGGUAUGGGACAGAUUGAAGAAGUUAUCUUACAGGCAAAAUAUGAAAUAUUAGCAGCAAAGGAAAUUUUGAAAAGUCAAGCCUGGGAACCUCUGGUGGAGAUGGCUCCUGAAGGCCAGUGGAAUUGGCCUGUUGUAUAA